AUGGCCUACCUAAAACCAACUACAGAAGAGGCGUCCUCGGACCCGCUGUUCAAUAUGGGCCGUCGAUUGCGCAAUCUGACGGCUGGCGAUCAGCGCUUCUUUGCCGGCUCCCGUUUCCUGAUGAGAUUACCUCUGUGGUUUUCCAACGCCCGACGACUCAAAACCUCCGCCGCCGCCAAAUCCCGCCGUUCUCUUUGGGCCAGCCUCUACGCUACGACCUCCGAAUCCGCCGGACCGGAGGAACAAACAUUUCCUGAUAAAAAAUCGGAUAUGGGAACAGGCAUUCAGAUUUGGUCGACUGCCAAGACGUUAGCGACGGGGGCCGUAAUUGGUCUCACCAUUUCUGAUCGCUACCUGACCAUAGUCACCACAAAGGGCGAUUCGAUGCACCCCACCCUCACCGCCGCCGAUAGCUUCUUCCGAGGUGAUGUCGUGUUCGCGGAGCGAGGCUGCCUUGACAAGUACAAAUUCUCCCGGGGUGAUGUUGUUAUAUUCAAAUGUCCUAGUGAUCACAAGAGGGAUUUCGUGAAGAGAUUGAUUGCCUUGCCUGGUGAGUGGAUACGGAUCCCUGUGUCUCAAGAAAUUAUUAAGGUCCCAGCAGGGCAUUGCUGGGUUGAAGGUGAUAAUGCUGAUCGAAGCUGGGAUUCAAGGUCAUUUGGCCCAGUAAGUUACUUCUUCUUCAUUUUCCUAUCAACUGGCAUUCUUCAGCCAAUUGGUGACCUGCACCUCCUGUUUCGUGUCUCGCUGUUUGCCGACGACGCGGUCAUCUCCAUAAAACCCCUGCAAGGAAGAAGUGGACAACGUGUGUCGAUUGGUUCAUAUGUUUGGCCGAGCCUCGGGAAAGCCAUUCGAUGGCAUCAAGGGCCCUCUUCAACACAUCGGUGAUCUUCGACAUCGGGGACGGGGCUAGAAUCAGUUUCUGGAAGGAGCUUUGGCUGCGAGGUCUCAGUUUUUACACCGCCUUCCCGGUCCUGUUUCACUGCUGCACGUGGAAGAAUAUAUGUUUAAGGGAUGCUUUGGAUGUCUUGAGGUGGACUCGCCAUUUUCGCUCCACUCUCAUGCCCAUGGUUGUGCAGCAGUUUGCAGCUUUAUUUGAGGCGGUCUCAACGAUCACCCUCGUGCCAGCAACGCCGGACACGGUUACUUGGAGGUGGACUGCUUCCGGCAUAUACUCCGUGCCAUCGGCUUAUGCAACAAUCCAAUUCGAGGGAUGCCAGCAUUUCAGCUUCGACAAGAUCAUCUGGAAAUCAGAUCAUCCGCUUAAAUGCUGUAUUUUCUCUUUGUUUGAUGGUCAUGGGGAAAUGUCUCACAGCGGACAAACCUGGUCAGGAGGCACCGCACUAGUCAGUUUGCUCACUAUGGGCGUUGCGGCUGAAGAGGAUGUCCACCUUGUGCCUGCAUGUCCUGUCGCUGACUUAGUUUGGAGCUGGGCACUGCAAUGGUGCAACCUGCCAGCUGCGAUGGCACCACUUGCUUCAACUUCAUCGCUCCUGGACUGGUGGAUGGCUGGCUGAAACGCCUUUUCCAAGCAACGUCCCUGCGCUUGGAACUCCAUCACUUAGCUUGUUUGGUGGAGUAUCUGGAAAGAACGCAAAGAUAGGAUCUUUAAUGGCAGAAACUUGUCGGCCAUGACAGUUUUUCACUGUCUGAUGGAUGAGGCCUCAAACUGGUAUGCGGUUGGCAAGACCUCCAUUUAUCGGCUGAUUCACACACCUCUAAAAUCUGACUAAGUCCAAGAUAAUCGCAUGUGGUCUGCAGGCACUAUCCUUCUCUUGAGGACCCUGGCCUAACAUGCCCGCUGUUGUAAAUUUUCUUCCCUUUGUGCCUAUUUCCUUUUGGCUUUUUUUCUUGUAUUUUUUCCCUAUUAAUCAACAAAAGCUGCUGCGAGCCUUUUGAAAAAAAAACUAAUAAAUGUUCAAAUCUGGUUGUCUGAAUGAAACAUAUCAAUGUCUCCAGUGUUAUAGACUAGUAUUGAUGGAUUAGAACAUAGAAGCUUGUUGCAAGAUGGGGUUUUGCUGUAUUCUCAGUACUAUCAUAUGAAUCUGAGGACUAAAGAGGCCACUUGCCAGGUGCCAAUAGUGGUAGUGAAGCAAAGAAUUUGGGGGCUUGCCUUUUUCGUGUAAUAUUUGAAACUUUUGUUUAAACUUCCAACAUUCUAACCCUUCUUUACAAAUUGGUAUAGUAUGUCAUUCCUUAAAAGUAAAACGAUUGCCUAAGAUAUGAAUAUGGUUUUGUAUGUGCAAUUAAUACAGAAGAAGCAUUAGCCUACCAUAGUGUCAUGAUUCGGUAGUCUCGGCGUCUACCUAUUGGAACACACUGAACCAGCAAUGAAGUAGACAACAAGGAGAAGAACAAAAAGAUUAAAGCAAAAAUGUUGUAGUUAUGAAAAACUAUGUCGCAACACACCAGCACAUCAAUGCACUAGAGGGAAGACACAUGUUAAGUAGUUAUAUUGUCUUCUUAUUUAUGUUGCUGCAUUCUUGAAAGGUUGCUAGUUUUGGAUGCUCUACAGUAACAGAUGAUGCAUUUGGUCAAACAAAGUACUAUGAUAUAUAUGGAAAACCGAUGUUAUAUUUACAUUACAUGGUAUUCUUGCAAGCUUAAUUAUUGCACUCAGGCUUCUGUUUAAUCUUGUUCUGCUGUUUGUUGCAUCGGUAUUACUUAUUUUAUUUUUGAUGGUGUUUUUUUUGUC